GGAAAGUCAGGUCAGGUAACAGUGCAGUCUGAUCCAACAUGGCUGCUCAGCCAGAUUUAAAAAAAGGGUUCUCUUCUAUUUAAUCUGUUAAUUUUACUUUGUAACUAACUUUGUAGCUCAAAGUGGCUUAUAACUGCUUGUAUAAUUGGCAGCAGUUUUAAAAUAGCACCCAGAUCUGUCCAUCAAGAACCCUAAAUUCCUGUUGCCAAGGUGUGUCAAUUUUGUCUAUGCUGUGUGAGCAAAGUGUAUAAAUUAUAUAUAAAAUGCCUAUAAUUCUGAUACAUAUGUACUUUAGAAAUCGUAUUAAUGCUAGCUUCCCUGAAUCAUGGCUUAAACAUGAAACAAAUAUAUAGCAAAACUAAUGAGUGUGUUUUUGUUUCAAUCUUUUUUUUCCUUUUUAAAGUUUGAUGCAGAGUUCAGACGCUUUGCCAUAUCCAGAUCCUGUGUUGGAGACUUCCAUGAAUUUUACCAGUUGAUUCAGACUGUGCACAAGAUUCGUAGUUUUGACAUUCUUUUGGGCUACACUGACAUCCAUGGCGACUUACUACCCAUCAACAAUGAUGACAAUUACCAGAAGGCACUGAGCUCAGCAAAUCCAUUACUUAGAAUUAUAAUUCAGCGGAGAGGUAAGUUAAGUUCAUUGAAUAUUUUCCUUAAAAUAAUACAUGUAAAAGAACAUUGAUUUAGAAAAUGUAAUAUGGUCCUCUGUUGAAUUAAACAUGCAAUUUUAUAAUUCUUUACUGUCACUCUAUAAUGAUGAGGAGAUUCUGAGAUAGAUUAAUACAUAAACAAUAUAGUAAAAAAAAUAACCAGCAUUUCAAAUGUGUCAAAAGCCAUGCUUUCAUAAUUUCUCCAAAAAGCAAGCUACAUUUUCACAGUGGUAUCUUUAGCAACCUUUACAAUAUUGAUGUCAUUCUUUCCAGUAACCGUAUUAAAGAGAAGAAAAUGUUAAUGUUUACAUUGAGGGUUAAUCCAGCCUCUAGUGUCUCCCUGACAGAAACUAAAGGCCGCUUCCUCGAUUCUCAGUGUGAAAAUCACACUGAGAUCACUGUGGACGUCCAUAGGAAAGCAUUGAGUAAUGCUUUCUUAUGGGCGGUUUGAAUGCGCGCAGCUCUUGCCGCGCAUGCGCAUUCAGAGCUAAUGUCGGCAGGGGGAAUAGAGGUCACCAGUGCCAAGGGAGCCCGGUGCUGGAUUAGGGUAAGUGGCAACCCCUUCAGCCCAGCGGGAGGGGGGCCCUGAGGGAGGGGGGACCUAAUAACCUUAUAGUGCCAGUAAAACGAGUUUGUUUUCCUGGCACUAUAGUGCUCCUUUAAGUAGUAUAUGAUGCCUAUUUUCAUAUUCUUAUUUAAAAAUACAAUCACAAAAAGGAAAACCAUGCUCUGUGUUAAUAUCAGCUAACAUGUGUUAGAAUGUUCUUUUGAUAGAUAUUUUUUUUUUGCACCUUCAAUUUCAGAGGUUCCCAGAUUGACCAGAUCAUUGCAUAUGAAAGAAAAGCUCAGUUCUGCUACGCGACAGUUAUCUUUGGAACGUAAGUGACCUUAAUAUUUUACAGAAGUUGAAAGUGCAGGAAACUUACCUGAAUCAUAAGACUAGAUAUUGUCAAUAUCAGGACUCUCAGCUGGGAUAAAUUAUCUCCAAGGACAGAUUUACAUGUCAGGUUACUGUUCUCUAAAAAUUAGCUGAACAGUUAUUGCUAAGAUAAAUGUCCCAUGAUCCUCGCAAGCACAAAUCUGGAUCAUGUGAAUUAAAGAUAUCAAUAUCUGGGGAUAAAUACCUAGAGAUCAAUAGCUGGAGAGUUACUUCCUGAUCAAUAUAUAGCACACGGUAAAACAUAUUCUUUCAAUAUUAUGUGGAUUGUCGGCAAUGUACAAAUGGGAAAUUUUUUAACCUAAUUUAAAUAGAAAAUAAAUUUUAAAAUCAUUGUUUUGUAGAUAUUCCCCAAAUUAAAUCAUGCAUGCAUUUAAUUAUGCACUUUUUUAUUGGGGGUGUAUCUAAAACAACUUGCAAAAGUUACAGUUCUGAACUUUCAGCUUUCAGGUGGAAAUAGUGGAAGUAGGAAGCAGCACCUAGUGGCCUCCAAGUAAGAAGUCAAACUGUUCUCAAACAGUUUGACUACUUCUAAGGGGGGAAUUCAGUGCACCCCUGGCACAAUAAUUACUGCAGUGUGCCAUAGUAUCCUUAUGAUGUGUUAUCAAAAAAAAUUUUUAGUUCAUUUUACAGUAAUUGGGGCGUGGAAAAGUAACUAGAAGCCUAUAGUAAACCUGUAUAGGAAUGUUUUCUGACAUGUUUGCCUUCCAUUUUUUUGAACUGUUCUUUUUUUAAUCUUACAAUUAGGUGCAUAAGAAGUUUUACCAUAACCCCUGUAGUGCGAGGAUUGCCCUAGCCUUGUACCCUGAGGAGGCCACUGGGCAUUGCUCCCUGCUUCCAAUACUUAAUACUUAGAACUGGAAGCUCCAAAGCCAGAGCUUCCAUUAGCUAUCAUGAGCUAAGCAAAGCAAUUCCGACUUGCUCAUUGGCUAAGAGCCAAUGCACCUUUUUUAUAAUAUGUCAAGUAUAUUUGUGUACAUUAAACAAUGUUUUACAUAAAAGGAAUCCAAGCUGCAUUUUAUACACAGUUUUCCCUUUAUUUGUAUGUAAGUAAUCAAGCAAUUAGAAAAACUGUUAUAGUAACAAUGUUGUUCUUUAUCUACAGCAGAGUCAGAGAAUGCUAUCUUUACAUCUAAUUCACUGCAAAGGAAAAAAAAAGGCCUCCUACGUCCCGCUCAGCAUCGUACUCGGCCACCGCUUCUUAUUGGGAUGCCCCAGGACUUUCGACAGAUAUCAUCCAUCAUUGAUGUUGAUAUACUCCCUGAGACACAUCGGCGGGUUCGUCUACACAAGCAUGGUUCCGAUAAGCCUUUGGGUUUUUACAUACGUGAUGGCAUUAGUAUCAGAGUCUCUCCUCAAGGAGUGGAAAAAGUUCCAGGAGUCUUUAUUUCUAGACUUGUUAAAGGUGGCCUAGCAGAGAGUACUGGGUUACUGGCUGUUAGUGAUGAAAUCUUGGAAGUCAAUGGAAUUGACAUAGCUGGAAAAUCAUUAGAUCAAGUCACUGAUAUGAUGGUUGCAAAUAGUCACAAUUUAAUAGUAACAGUAAAGCCAGCCAACCAAAGAAACAAUGUCAUCCGAACGAGCAAAGCAUCUGGAAGUUCUAGGGAGAGUACUGCAAGCCCAGUGUCUCAUUACACAAGCAAUUAUAGCACAGCUGAGGGUGACAGUGAUGAAGAUGGAGAUGUUGUCAUUGAGAGCGACUAUUCACCUGUGGUCAUUCACACACAAAACCAACUUGUCAAUGGAGAACUGCAAAGGAGCCUUCAGCAGAGCCUAUCACUACAUGGACCCCUGAACCCAUUAAAUUCUGCACAUAAUCGUAGCAGAAGCCCUAGACUGACUAUAAAAGGACAAGAGAAUGGAAUGAGGGAAGAUGGUACCAUUAUAACACUAUAGUGAUCACUAACUGAACAAAACUAUAUCCACUUGUCACUCAUAGUGUUUGGAAGGUCUGUGUCUGUUUUAUACAUGUAGCCCAUAUUGGAUGCCCUAGAUAUUAUCUUAUUCAAGACCUCCUAUUGAAGUGCAUUUAAUCACUAAUUGUAUAUAUCAUGGCCAAGCUGCAAUAGGUGUAACCUAUGUAAAUGACCUGAAAUAAAAUGCAAAACAUCACCAUGGC